AUGCAUCCAUACUCGCGCCCCUCGCCGCGCACAGCCUCGCCCGCCAGCAAUCUUCAGACGAAUCCCACUCGCACAAACAACCAGCGGCAUAGCAGCCAGGACAUGACUGCUUACUCGACCACACCUCCAUACAGCGACCGAGGUGCUGAGGAAUCUGAAGGCGAGAUGAUGUCGCGAGGAGGAGAUCAGACCUCUGGCUCGGACCAGAAGCACUACCACAAAGUCAACCAAGUCAUACAGAACUUCUUCACCAAAUCAGCCCUCGCUGUCGUUUCGUCGCGAGUAACGCUGCCGCCAGCAUUUGGCAGAGACGGCCAGCCGAAGCAGAACAAAUGGUUCAACGUCGUCCUCCCCGACAGCGAUGCCCUCCAACGCCAACUCACCGACUGGAAGAUUAUGGAUGCCAUGUCUGGCCAGCAUCCGUCCCUGUGCAUCGAAAUCUACCUAGACGUACAAGGCUUGGGCAACAACCAGUCACUUGCCAUACGGGAUGAUGAUGGAAAGAGAUGGGAUGUUGCUGCAGCGCUCAACGCAGCAGAAGCCGCCUCGCGGUCCUCGGGCCGCUCGAGCAAAACCACACAAGUCGUGCUGGAGCGCUGGAGAGUACAUGUCGGAGACAAGAACUUAGUGCAACCAUCGGAGCUCAACGACCCGCUUCCCAAUGUGUACAAGAAGGCUGUGGUCACCUUCCGCUCCCUCUUCGCAUACCUACGCUUUAUGCCUGCUUUCAAAUAUAACAAGGUUCUUGCCAAACAACCCGCGAAUGCACCUUCGCUCAAGCUGAACUACCGCAUCAUCAACGGCGAUUUCAAGAGUCCCCAUGUCGACACCCUAGGCCUGGCUCUCUACCCCAGUCAAGAAAUGGAAGACAUCACCGAGAUCCACACCAUCGAGCCUACAAACUCGCCUGUGGGCCCUCUUUGUGUGACAGUUGAGUACCGCACUAACUGCGAAUUCACUGUAGAGAACUCCGAGUCACUCCUAAGUUCUCAGUUCAUGGGCUUGGACGACACCUACUUUGAACAAAAGGUCCGCCCGAUACCUGGUUCGCUUCCCGUCGACAGGCUGAACGCGCAAGAGAGCCCAGAUGUCGGCCAGGCAUAUGGCAGUCUUUCCACCUUCCAUCAAGUUGGCCCGCCGACAGGAACGAGUCCGAUUUCAGCUCUCCGGGCAGCACGAGACAUGCCUUCGUCCUCACCGAUGGACUCACCCCCACAGAAGCUCCCGCCUAAUCAUCGCAUCGCCACAGGGUCAAAGUCAUCCUUGCGGUCUACAGAAACACUACUGCAUCAACGCCGAACUUCAGUCUCGUUCCAGCCAUUCAAAGCUGGAUCACUUUCAUCCUCGCCUGCGCCUGGAAGCGGGAUGCCUGGUUCUCCGAGCAGCUCAUUAGGAAGGCCAGGUAGCUCACUGGGCCGGACCUCAACCCCUAGCGCACUUAAUCAACCUCGAAACCGUACUUCACUUACCGCCCUUCCUCAAACUGCCCUACGUGCUCCUUCCCUACCAAACGAGGGCAUAGUUACCUCUUCUGCAUCAAGCUCGCCAAAACCUGCACCGAUUAGCCGCUACAGUAGUAGCUUUGGUCACAGGAGGGCCAAGUUCUCUUCCGGAGGUGGCAGCAAAACAGAGGAUGACAAUCUCAGCAGUGGAAAAGCAAGCUUGUCAUCAUCAUUGCAGCGCGGUUCUGACACCAUGAACGAGGGAACUGGCGGCAGUUCAGGCGAGGUCAGGACGGAUGAUGAAAACAUCUCCGACUUUUUGAAGCUUCUUGAAUCCAAAAAGGACUUGAAGAGUUUUAGUCGGAGCGACAAUGCCGCCAAGACAGCUACCAUGCACAAGACAACGGCUCAGUUGUCCAAGUACCAGCGUAUGAGGGAGUCUCACACCGGGCUUGCCGAAUCUGUCUCAUCCUCAACCAUGCUCCAUCGUUCAUCGUCUACUUCAAGUCGUCGCUUGUCCAGCGUUCCCGCUAUGAUUGCCGGAACCUCUGUAUCGACAGCCUCUUCACCUGGCAAACCAAUUUCCCCACAUACUCCUCAUACUCCAGCAAUCCCGUCUCGACUGAGCGCCAACAGCAUCAUUGAAUAUGAUGCGCCAAUAAGGAGCCGAAGCCGACCUGAUGGAAGGAUACGUGAGCAUGGUCCAAUCAACGUUGAAGAACAGAGCGAGAGUGAAGAUCAAAAUGCGAAUGCCAUCGCCAUUCCCACGUCGCCACGACCAUGGCAUUAUACUCGUCGAUCUAGCUCUGUCGCUCAGCAAAACCGCACCCUACCAGAUGACGAGCCAGACUUAUUUGGCGUCCGAUCCGCCAGUCUUCCAUCAGAGGAAGUUGACCGAACCAACGAGCUGCAACGUCUAGCUAGUGCGGGCCUUACUUCAAGCGGACUGUUCGCUCAAACGGAACUGGUAGCUAGCGACAACCGCGACAACCAAAAUCCCGAUAAUGACUCCCACGAUGAUCUUCCCCGACCUUCAUCUACGUCGAACCUUCACGUAAAGCGAGGCGCGCCAGCCGGCCCUCGUGGUCGGGGAGGUUUCUUCUCUCACAGCUCUUCUACCAGUCUAAGCACGGGUGGCACCAGCUCAACCGAACGUCAAAGCCGAUACAACUUCAGUAGUCGAGCCGUAACCAACCUCGACGACGACGAACCUCUACUUUUCCAGAUGAGCGAGAUUGGUGCAGGUGGAUCCCGUCGCAGUCUCGAGGAAGCAAGAGGUGGAUCCAGCACCGGAAGUGGUGGAAAACGAGCGUCCUACUUCCGCUAA